AUGCCGACCCCCUACACUACUCACACCACUACCGAUGAACUCAUCUCUGAUUACGCUGCCCUAAUCAAAGACAAAGUCAUUUUGACCACGGGUGUCUCCUCGGGCUCCUUAGGUGGCUUCUUUGUUCAAUCUAUCGCCAAGGCCAAACCUGCGUGGCUCAUUCUAGCCGCCCGCAAUGCUGAUAAGCUAGCCAAGAUGGCCGCGGAGAUCACCACAGCCCAGCCGGAGAUCCAAGUUCGCACGCUCCAAGUUGACUUAGGCUCCCUGAAAAGCGUACAAGAGGCUGCCGCGCAGGUCAACAGCUCCUGGGACGACAUUCCUGUGAUUGACGUCCUGGUUAACAAUGCCGGAAUCAUGGCAGUGGACUACCAGCUCUCUCCCGAGGGCUUUGAGUCCCAUCUUGCCACGAACCAUCUCGGCCCGUUCUUGUUCACCAAUUUGAUUAUAAAGAAGAUUGUGGCCGCUAAGGAGCCAAGAAUUGUGGUGGUCAGUAGUGAUGGUCAUCGGUUGAACCCAUUCCGGUUUUAUGACUAUAACUUCGAUGAUGGGAAAACGUACGACCGCUGGCACGCAUAUGGUCAGAGCAAGACCGCGAAUAUGCUGUUUGCAAUUUCUUUGGCCCAGAAGCUUGGGAUUAAAUAUAAUCUCCAGGCUUACAGCCUCCAUCCAGGAGUCAUCUGGACCAACUUAGGCAAUCAUUUGGACUGGAGUGUGGAGCUUGACGGACUACGGAACGUGGAUAAGUCCCUGGGUAACCCGGAAGGAUGGAAGGAGUUCGACGCAAAACCACUGGAAAGAGGAGCCGCAACCCACCUCUAUGCGGCAUUUGAUCCAUGCCUGAAAGCCAAUAACGGGGCCUACCUGAUCGACUGUCAUGUUUCUGAUCCUCUCGUGGACACGGUCUUACCAUGGGCUACCAGCAGCUUUGAGGCCGAGAGAUUAUGGCGACUAAGUGAGAAAUUGGUUGGGCAGGAGUUCCCCUACUAG